UCUUCCCCGCCCUUGACUCGCGCAAUCAUUGUCGCUGUCGCCCUCCUCUCCGUGCUCUGCCACCCUCAUUGUCGUCUCCUCACUGUUUAGGCUCCCACUCAUAGCAUGUACACGCUCCUCGUGGUUGCGGUGGUACUUGCUCUCCUCUUUGACACUGCAGCAGCGUCGAGCCCCGUCAUGGACCCGACGAUGUCUGCGCCAUUUGGGUCCUUGUACCCAGACCCAGAUGGCAUCCUAUCUAACCUCUGCGAGCUGUGCGCCAUGCCCAUGGGUGCCUGCCUGCAUACCAUUGCCUCCUACCAGGUUCAGCAGACACCACCGUUCGCAGUCGAGCCGUUCUACGAGCACUUAGAGUGGCCGAAUAACGACCCCUACGCCGUCAGCGCUCCUAUUACAGACCACAUGCCCGUAGACAUGCCCUUCUCCUACCCCUACGCAGAAGAGGCCAGGCAGCCGCUCGUGAAUGAGAUCGUUCGUCGACUAGAGAACGACGCUACCACUGUAAAUCCCAAUACUGUCCUGAAGCACGUCGAAGAUACGUACACGCCCGGCGAUCGGACGGCAGAGACUACCUCACGGCGGCCGGGCCACAAGCGACAGCAACCGCGACCGUGUGGCUUCCCAUGCGUUUAUGAAGGCUGUGGGAGGACAUUCGAUCGCUCCUGCGAUCUCAAACGUCAUCAGAAGACCCAUCUGAUUCGUUCUGAGCGGCCUCACAAGUGCUCAUACUGCAAAGAAGGGUUCCUGUACCCCAAAGACCGUAACCGCCAUGAACGAACUCAUGACGAAUCUACUGCGUCCCAAAACCAGCUCUUCCGCUGCCCAGUUCCUGGUUGCCCUAACGUCGGCUUCUCUCGACGCGACAACCUGCUUCGCCACCAAAGGAAGCAGCACCCGCAUAUGGGUAUGAGCUCCCCUCAAAUGAGCCCCUAGUAAUUCUCCGACCCUACCACGUUUGCUACUCGGUGCGGAUCUCGGUGUAUGACCAUCCUCAGGCGCCAUAGCGCGUGAGGCAUCACACAAUGCCUCAUGAUCCCGAUCAUCUCGCUCUUUGCAUCUCGACUGCUGCCACAAGAUUGUAUUUUUCCGGCAAGCAUUGGCGUUUCGUUUAGCGCGUGAACCUGUCUCAUUGCGCUUCCUACUCUUGCUCUGUUUUUUGAGUUUCCCACGCGCUCAGCAGAGCACGUGAUGUUGUCACGGUUUGUCUUGGAGUAUACC